AUGCAAACCAUCUCAAUGGAAAACUUUGAGUUAAAAACGGAAGAAAAACAUUCACUGACGAUAUUAGGUGAAAUCUGCGAGCAGUGCAUUGUGCUAAAAUUGGCAAACGAACAGAAUCCAGAUUCACUAGUUGGUAUCCAGCAGUACUAUUGUUUGUCACAGAAUGUACCUUCUCCCGAGAAAACCUCAAUAAUUUACUAUAAAGUUCUAGAUGAAAAGUGUGACACCAAAGAAACUCUACUCAGCAUCAUUAAUGAUCUCUACACAGAAUUUAUACUGUCUGGUAAGAAAACACAUGUAAUACUGGAGGGUGACCAAGCUACCUACGAGAGAUUGCACUCAAUCAGAGUAGAAUAUGGGAAUGAAAGCAAAUGGCUCAUCAUCUUUCCAGGUGAUUGGCAUUUCUUAAAGAAUUAUCAGGAGGUAUUGAUCAAGAUAUACUUCGAUGCAGGUCUGAGUGACCUAGCAAGAUCUAGUGGCUACCUGCCAAGGUCAAUAGGUACUAACUUCAAACGUACUCACCGUUUUCUCCUUGAAGCAUGGGAGGCACUGUACAGAGUCCUGUUGAGAUACUUUCUCUCCAAGCAAGCUCCCAGUGAGUUCUUACAACAAGUAUCAGCACUGCUUCAGAACUUUCCUCCUUCAGAGAACCAAGCAAACGCUCACAGAAACCUGAAUGAAUUGAUAGAAACAAUUAGAGAGAUAAGUAGUGAUGCAUCUGACUUCGAAAGCUACAUGAGCAAUGAAUCAGAACAGAAUCCCACCCUCAAGUUUUGGUUGCAAUUUUUGUUCAAAGAUUAUUUAGCAUAUCUUGCACUAUACUUGGCAAUGCGAAGUGGGAACUGGGAUUUGCGAAUGGCAGCUAUAAAAUUGAUGGGACCCCUCUUUACUGCCUUUGACCGGCCCAAGUACUCAAAGCUUAUACCUCUUCACAUAAAAGAGAUGUUAUCUGUCCCUGCUGAUAUUCUCUCUCACCUGAAAGAAGGCAGGUUCACUGUCAGUAUCCUCGGGCGAGCCUGUCAUUCGAUCGGUAUUGAUGAGGCGCACGAAAUGUGCAUCAACAAGGACUGCAAGGAGUAUAUCACUAGACCAUCAGCAGAGAACAUGAGUCGACUGGCGUCAUUUUUACCUACAUGA